AUGUCAACAAACCCUCAGGAAUCCACUGACCCAUCAACCCCGCCUUGGUGGCCACCAACCGAUGAAGAAGUCUAUCCGCCCGAUCACCUCGUGCCCGAGGAGGUGCGCGCGGUACGCCCCGAUAUACGCGUCUUCUGCAACUGUCCUAAUUCCCGCCACCGCGACGUAACCGUAACCAUAAAAUGUGCGGAGAGGUCUCUAAAGGGCAUCAAAAUUAUGAAUAGAGACUACGGAUUGGCAAUCGACGGACUACGUGCUCAUGGUAACACGAAACGCAUAGAAAAGUUGAAGAAAUUGAGGAAUGAGCUACUCAAGUUCUAUGACGACCGUUACAACCGACAUAGUGGGGCGCCAGAGAAAGCCCCCAGUCUAAUGAUAAUGAACAAAAGAGAUUAUCCUAUGAUCGUGGAAUCGGACGAAGACUUCAAGCCUUGGGAGACCGCUGAAGUGCCUUGA